GGGUUCGUCACCAUAUAACAUAACUCUAAAAGCCUAAAAUUUUCAGAACUCAGAAUCCCUAAAAUCACCAUAUAACCACCGUCACCGUCACCGCCACCGCCACCGCCACUGCCGCCGAGAAUAGGCAAGCCAUCGCCACCCGUAGCCGCCGCUAAUAACAACGACACUCACUCUUCCCUCUUCGCGCAACAAGAUUCUGUCUGCGCCGUCCUCCGUCCGCCGUGUCUGCACCGUCCGUCGUCCGCUCAGGACUGUAGAAUCUGGUUUGUUUUGCUUCUCGUGCUUCUAUGACUAAACCAGAACAGAACUGAAGACUAAACCAGUAAUUUACUGCCAUUGCCACCUGAGGUGCUUCAUUCAAGACCUUGACAAUGAAGAAUCUUAGAACUGGAGGGAAUAUCUUGGAAGAGUUAUCAUGAAGAAGAACCCUUACAAACGGGCUUUUUUCACUCAUAGUAUAAAACUUGAGACAGAGGAAGAGAGGGUGCACUCCACUUGAGGGACAUUGCUGUCGACUCUCGAAUCCCUCAACUCAACUGCUGCGAUAUAACUUGUAUAGCUCUAAUCUGCCGCCACCGCCUCCAUUGAGGAUCAAAAACAAGUCUCCUUCAUCAAACUCCCAAACCCUCCAAAUCUCUGUCGCAGAAAAUAGACAUUGUUGUGUCUCAUUGUGUCGAAUAGAUGGUGGACGUAGUGGAACAUGAUCAAUGAUGCUUCCAAGACUUGUUCAAACCAUACUCAAACAACUUAUUAUAUCACAUCACAGAGUAAUACCUAUCACUACAAGAACACCUUUCGGUGCUUUAUACUCGACUCUUUCCACUUGCGACGAGUUUCUGAAGAAGAAACUCAACAAGUUUGAGAGGAAACCAUUAGUAACAAGUAUUAAUGAACUUAAACGGGAAGGUAGAAAAAAGAAAAAGGAGAGACAAAAAGUGGAUGAGAUUAUUUUACAACCUCCUGAAAAUGGGUUGUUGGUUCGAAAAUUAAUUCCUGUUGCUAACCAAGUUUAUGCUGCUAGAUCUGAAUUAUGGUCCACUGUUUCUACACUUGUCAACUAUAUUGCUAUUUAUACAUGCUGCAUAUGUGGAGAAGUUCAUGUUGGUGAUCCACCACAUAAAAUUAGAACAUGUAAUGUUAGAGGAAGCUUGUCAAGCAAAGAACACAGUUGGGUCAAAGGUGGUAUCGAACAUGUUCUUCCUCAUGUAGAGUCAUUUCAUCUGUAUGAUAGAGUUGGGAGGGCUGUUUCACAUAAUGAAAUGCUUCUAGUGGACCGAAUUCCAGCAAUUGUUGAGCUGUGUGUCCAGGCAGGUGUUGACAUACCUGAGUACCCUACCAGGAGAAGGACGUAUCCUGUUUACUGUGUUGCCGGUAGGAUAAUUGAUUUCGAGAAAAGAUUUCCUAAAGAAAUUUCUCUUGACAAAGACAUAGAUGAACGCGGGUUUCCGUAUAACAAAAAGAGAUUGAAUCAAGACACUAAUGCUAUGGAAAUGCAUUGUGAUGACAUCCAAGCUGUUGCUGUCCGAGGCAUGAAAGCCUGGAAGAAAAUGUGCAUUGGAGCUACAAAACUUAUGGAGAAAUAUGCUGUUCAAACUUGUGGAUAUUGUUCAGAGGUACAAGUGGGACCGAAAGGUCAUAGAGUGCGAAAUUGUCAAGCUUACAAACACCAAAUGAGGGAUGGACAGCAUGCAUGGCAGGAGGCUACAAUAAAUGAUUUUAUACCUCCUGUAUAUGUCUAUCACAUUCAAGAUCAGCAACAACAGGGUAAGCCUUUGGUAAAUGAGUUGAAAAGGUACUACGGUAUGUUGCCUGCAGUUGUAGAGCUAUUUUCGCAAGGCGGGGCACCAGUUGAAAAGAAUUAUGCACAUACAAUGAGGGUAGAUGUUGUAGUCCCUGAAAUGGAUGAGGAAAAGUGGGUUGUUUAGAGCAAUAAUGGAUUGAAUUGCUUCACAUGCAUGAAGGAACCAUUUGGGCAUUGGAAGAGUCUAACUUAAAAAGAUACGGUGUAACUUAUUUCAAAUUGUAAACAUUUUUAUGCUGGCGAAGGUAGAGGGUGACUAUUGUGGGUGAUCGGGGAUGUAAUGUAAUAGUAUGAGAAUUAGUAUGUUGGAUAAAUUAUCUUGUAUUAUGUUGGCAACUAAGGUUAUGUUUGAACAGAGGAUUUUGGUGUAUCGAAAUAUAGACUCGUACUCACUCUUCCAAAGCCCACAGUAAAAGCAUACUCUAAAGGUUUUGGUC